GAAGUGAAUGGGGUAUAUUUAUAUGUUGAGUAUAUAUUUACCAAUAACAAAACUGUCUUGAUUACCUGUUGCCUUCACAUAUAGGAUAAAACAAUAAAAUGUGUUUACAUGUAAAGACAGUUUGUACAUGAGUACAAUAUUAACUGCAUGCAUUUAAGAUUGGAGAUAGAUAUUGUUAGAGACCACCUUUAGAAAUAAGAGAUAACUUUUCAGUGUUUCCACCCCUUCCAGAGCACAGACUGAAACAGUCAAUGCUGCGCACAGACCCUCAAGGAUUGCUUGAGCGUACACUCUGUCUACAUACUGUUAGAAGGAGAGUGUACAAUGUUCCUGCUCCAAAUUGCCUUUGGCAUAUCGAUGGGAACCACAAGCUCAUAAGGUGGCGUAUUGUCAUACAUGGAGCUAUUGAUGGCUUCAGCAGACUGGUGGUCUACCUGCAAGCUUCUGCCAACAAUCGUGCAGACACUGUUUACAAACACUUCUGGCAGGCAACACAGAAAUAUGGCAUCCCGUCACGAGUACGUAGUGACAAGGGAGGGGAGAACAGAGACGUUGCUUCCUUUAUGAUUAGUACCAGGGGAAUGAACCGCAGUUCACACAUUGCUGGGAGAAGCGUGCACAAUCAAAGGAGUUUAGAGAGUGAGGGCAUCCUGUCUCCAGACAAUGACUUGCACAUUUUUGCCCUACACUGGGUGUUUCUUCCCAGACUACAGCAGCACCUUGAUUCUUUUGUUGAAGGGUGGAACAACCAUCCCCUAAGAACAGAGAGGAACCAGUCUCCUCAGCAGUUGUGGCACACAAACAGCAACAGUCCAGCCAGUCCAGAUCCACCACAGGUGGAUGAACUGUAUGGUGUAGACUGGAGGGGCCCACCUGGUGAUCGGGAUUUAGCCCUGGUCAUUCCUGAGGUGCAGCUUUCCAGGGUGCUAUCUCAAGAGGAGUUGAGCAGACUUCCUCAACAGAACAGCACUAAUGAGGACUAUGGAGUUGCUUCUUACAUUCAGGCCCUUGGGUUACUUACUAACUGGUUUGGUUGACCAAUGUCUUCAUGCAUCUCUUAAGACAGAUUUUUCUAUAUGCACACUUACCAGUGGAUUGUUGACAGUUUGUUUGUAUAUUACACAGUUUCUGUCAACAGAAUUUCUCACACACACACACACACACACACACACACACACACA